GCAAUAUACACGGGCCUUUUAAAUGAUCAUCGUAAAAUGUAGAGAGCGAAACGAAAGUAGAACACAGCAAAUACCUGAAGAUAUUUCACUACUGUAAGUCACACCAGACCUGGGAUCUGCAGAAUUAGUGCGUGACCCAGAUGUUUACGUACUUAUGAAAGAAAAGAUGAUCUUAUGUUUCCUCAUAGUUCUGCUCAAUCAGUGUUUUGGGGAAGUUUUGAGCUGUCGUGCAUCAACAGCAACCAUAUCAUAUGUAUCUUCAUGUCCGAAAAACAAAGAGGAGUGGGGAAAGGCGUCCAGAUUAAAGAAUUGUGAAAGCAUAGCAGUCAUUCAGAAUUGCACAGCCCCCGUACAUUUUCAAUAUCACUGUUUGAUGAAUCAUUGGCGAAACGCAACAUUGGAAGUCUGUGCACCAAUAUUCUACAUACAAGGUUAUUGUGCCGAGUACAACACCCAAACGAAACAAGUGGUGGAAAACUACAACGAAGGAUUUGAAUGUCUGACGUUCCCUGAAUCUCAAAAAUGUCCGACAAGAUACGCGUCAAACGAGGCCUACAAAUAUCAGGCGUGCUAUAGUUACAAUCAUGAGCAAAACGCAACACCAAGAGCAAUAACUAAUGCAGUAGAUUUGAUUGAAGUAGUAAGGUCUGAAGACAACGGUAUUAUUGGUCUUGUGUUCAUAUUACUAGUAUUGCUGACCUUCGGUUUAAUCACUCUGGUACUUGUUUUGGUCAAGUACAGGAGACAAAUCUUCCCUGAAGGGUGUACAUCUAGAGAUAACCAUUCAUCAGAAAUAAAAGAGGAAAACAUAGAUCUUCUUGAUACAGACAACCAUACUAAUGCAGAUCGAGCUUCACUGCCAGACGAACGCGAAACGUCGUCUAAUAAGGGAUUAAGUGAAACCACUGUAUCUGAAAAUGUUAAUGAAAGUCUUGGUAGGAAGACGGAAGAGCAGAAUAUUAAACCAUUCAUGACAGAUAGACAUGUUGCAGCGUCUGAUGCAGGACACAGCAUAACCAGAGAUGAACAACCUCUAUCAAAGUUUGGGAAAAAGAAUAGGGCACCAAACGUUCCUCCAGGAAACAUCAAGAAAAGCAAAAACUGAUGUCGUACUUUUAUUUAAAUACAUGUAAUUUUCAAGGAUAUUCAGAUAUUGAAUCCGCUACCAAAACAAUUGUAUAAGUAGUGAUAUACAUUAUUAAGGUUGUUGUGAAUGUUCAAUAUGUACAUUUAAUUUCUUACUUUCAUGAUUCAUUACUUGCAGCAAUUGAUAAAAUAUAGCAUAUGAAAAUAAGGAUAGUUUGUCCUAUUUAUCGAUAUAUGAAGUUUGUUGUUUUAAAUAUGUACAUGUAUCACUUUAAAGUCAUAGGAGACGAUUUUCAAAAUAAAAGUUUGUUCUGGACAAAAA